UUGGCAAUAACUGCAAGUAUUAUUGUCCAAUUAAUAUUUAUGAGCAGUGUUAUUUUAAUUAAAAAUAUAGACAUGACAUCUCCAUUGUCAUGGUUUCAAGACACAUGGAAAAUAAUAACAUGUUUAAAGAUGUGGUUAUACAUGGUUAUUUUUUCAACAAUUAUUAUUCUUCAAGGAAUUAUCUUGAGUAAAAAUUAUUUAAAUUACUCAUAUUCACCAUACGCUCAAAGCAGAUUUAUAAUCUUCUGCCGUUUAUUUACGCCACAUAAUUUAAUUAUUAUUUUUAUGUAUCUUAUCAGUGGAAUUGUACUCGUAUGGUUACAUUUGGCAUUAGAAGAUGGAAAGUACAGUUCAUUAUUUUUGCUCCUCGGUAGUCUACGGACAGGAAUUUAUUAUUUUACAAAAACAAUAAAUAUAUUUGUUUUUUAUAGAUUACAAUUUCCUCUUAUACCACUAUCGAAAUUUACUCAAGUACGCAGAGGUAUCAGUAAUCUAGUGCCAAUUACAGUAAUCAAUGCUAUUUGGCCAACAUUGUAUUUCAUAGGACUGUAUUAUUUUAUCGGUUCAUAUUUAAAAAAGUUUAUUGCGUCUUUGUUAUUUAUUCAUACAGAAGAACAACAGCCAUUGGACUCAAUAUGGAGAUUACUUAAUUUAUCAUUGAUAUUGCAUUCAUGGUUAUAUACAUCAUUAUUUGGAUUAACAAUAAACAGUAUGCAUUUACUAUUUAAAGCUUAUUUAACAGAAUGGAUGCAGUUUGAAAUUGGACAGCAGCUAAAUCUUUACAACAAUGUUAAUCAACAGCUUAAAGUAACAAUAACUCUUCCUGAUGCAUUGACAAUGAGCAAAGUCCCCAUUAUUCAGCAUUUAGGAUUUUUGGAUCUGGUAACACUGGCACAGAAAGAGAAACAACGUAGAGCAAUACUAUUUAGCUUGAGCCAACCUGGAGGACAUCCCUACAACUGGAAUUGCAUUGUCGAAAAGUGUUUAUCAUUUAUAAAUAACUUUGCUGUUGAAAUAAAUAGCACUGUACAUCCUGCUGGUCAACAAAAUGACAAAGUAUCAGCAUCUCCCUCUGCUGCUUCACCUACAUCACUUACAUCGCCUACAUCACCAGUCACGUAUUUUGAAAAACUAGGAACACAACCCUAUCAUAUGCGUGAUUUGAUAAAUAAAAAUUUAUCUCCAACACCAGCAGCAGUAGGAAAAGACAUUACGCCAACUGAAAAUUGCAAUAAUUAUAUUGGACAAUUUAUUGGAGAAUUUAUAAAAACUACACGGCAAAAUUUAAUAUCUUACUUACUGUCAAAGCCUAUUAUUUUUUAUUUUUUUGGUAAACUAAAUAACAGCAACAUUCAAUACUUGAUGUUUAAUGGUCAGCCAAUUAUUUGGGCUGUUGAUGGAAUUUCUUCACUUGCUGUGGCAUCUCUCCACGAGGAUCCAUAUGGUAUUGUGCAAAAAAAUUUACCAGCUAUAAUUGAAACGCUACUCGUUCUCAAACAAUCGUUAGAUAAACUUCAUAAAAUGAAUAUGAUAAUAACAACAAAAAAACAGCCACAUUAUGAUGACAAAGACGUUAGACAAAUGCUCACAUCUCUGAGAAGUGCCAACAGACGGAGUAUUUAUAGAAUUGUAACAAAAUUCAAGGAUUACAUUGAUAAUUUAACUCUGGAUCAAUCAGUCAGGGACCAGUUGAAUGGAUUUUUUGUUUGUAAAGAAUAAGUUCCAAGUUGUUACUCUUGUUAUUAUUAUUAUCAUCAUCAUUCAAAUUUGAAAUAA